CCUUCAAGAGUGCCCCGAGGACGUAAAAAUGCGCAUGCGUUACUUAGACUGGUGCUAGCGCAAGCUCCUGGCGAGAUUUUCAGGCAAAGAAGCGAUUUGCGCAUGCGCGACAUUGUUGUCUGGCGUUCGAUGGCGUAAGUCUUCCGAAGAGUUGGAAGGGGCGAUUGUUUUCUGCGGAGUCUCGUGGCUUUGAAGCUCUCUGCGCUUACUCCUUUGUUCCCUGAAUAGAAGUCCUAGACACAGAGUGAAAAUGCAUGUCCUCUGGAUGGUGCGUCAGGUUUCCCAGACAGGGAUCCCGAUGUGCCUGAAUAUUACCCGACAUCUCAGCAGCACAACCUCCAGAGCUUCUUAUAAGUAUGUGAAUGCAAAGGAGGAGCCAGCAGACUGGAAAUCGGUCACUGAUAAAGCUGCACAGACUCUCUUGUGGACAGAACUUAUUCGAGGUUUAGCUACCACCAUGAGUUAUGUAUUUCGAGAGCCUGCCACUAUAAACUAUCCUUUUGAGAAAGGCCCAUUGAGUCCCCGAUUCCGUGGAGAGCAUGCCCUGCGCAGAUACCCAUCUGGAGAGGAGCGAUGCAUUGCUUGCAAGCUGUGUGAAGCUGUAUGCCCUGCUCAGGCAAUCACUAUUGAGGCAGAGACUCGAGCUGAUGGUAGCCGCAGGACUACUCGAUACGACAUUGAUAUGACCAAAUGUAUCUACUGUGGAUUUUGCCAGGAAGCCUGUCCUGUUGAUGCCAUUGUGGAGGGCCCCAAUUUUGAGUUCUCCACUGAGACACACGAAGAGCUCCUAUACAACAAAGAGAAGCUGCUCAACAAUGGAGACAAGUGGGAAGCUGAGAUUUCUGCUAAUAUCGAAGCUGAUUAUUUAUAUCGAUGAUAGAACAUUUCCCUCAACCUUCAAAUAUUUUAUCAGCAUGCUCAUCCAAAGUUAAACCUAUAAUAAAAGGGCAUGCACUCAUUCUUUGUUUUCCUGUGUUUUGAAGAAAAGUAGAAUUUCUAGGCAGCCUUUCUGUUGAUAAUGUAGCAUACAUCAUCCUAUUUGCAGUUGGAAAAGGUGGUUGGGAUUGAAAAGCAAGACUAUCUUCUUUUUAAUGCAUAACCUCUGAUCUUUGACUUCAUGGGAUAACUUUAAGUGUGGAAAGAAGUGGUGGUUAAGGAGAGACAGAGACACCGACAGCACAUUGUGUUGCUUUGUAUCCUCUCUGCUCAACAAACGUUUGGAAAGGAAUGCUGCAGAACUGAUAUCACUUCUUUUAAGAAGUCAGUUUGAAUAAUCAGCAAAUCCCAUUCUGAUACUCUUAACAUAGUAUUUGGAAAUCUCCGUCAAGUUGGAAACAUGCUAGCUCAUGUGGGGAAAAGUAGGCAAAAUGUUUCUGUAUUCAGCAUGCUAUUAAUAUGAAAAUUAAAAUAGGUAUAGCUCUCGCCCUAUGAUUACUAAUUUUCCAAUAGAUGCCAUUAUGAGAAGCCUAUGCCAAAAAGCCUUAAGUAGAAUGGAAGGGACUGCUUUAAUACAAAAAAAAAAUCACACUUGUAAAAUUAUUGGUAUUCGGCAGUGGAGAUUUUGUUGGGCAUGGCUAUAUAUGCUUGCUCCAACCUGUGAAGGAGUGAGGUAACUCUCAUGUACAUCAGCUCUGUAGCACUGCAUCCCUUAACACUGUUGUGUUGGCUGUGCCUACAAAAGACUCAGUGCUCAAAACGUUAAUAUUCAGUAUGUAACAAUUUAAUUACUUCGUUACCAAGUGAUAGGGUCGUAAGGCAUGAUGUCAUGUGACCAAGCCAACUUAUGACUGCAGUUCCAACAGUCCUAGUUGCUAUCAUGGGGCAAAUCCUAUAAGGAUUAUUAGGACCUGUCACAAGAGCCUCUUGUUCAAUGCCGCUGUAAUUUCAAAUGGUCACUGAAGGAAUGGACAUUAAAUAAGGACUACCUGUAAUACUGGUUCAAAGAAAAUACACAUUCCAGUGUAUUUUAACUUUAAAUCUUUCAAAAGCAAACUUUUUUUAUCAAUAAGGCUAUGAUAUAUUUACAGUCCUGUUGGAGCACUGAUUUCCAGCCUGUAUAAAGUGUUUAAGUCAUUUAUAUUUUCUGCAGAAAUUGCAUUAUCUCCUGAAUUGGAAAUCUGUUAAAAUCCUCCCCCUCCCAUGCCCCAAAUUUAGUUUUCUGAACAUUUAUUGUUUUCCAUAGUGUGUAUAAUAUAUACAGCAUUAUUCGCUGGAAAUAAAUUAGACAGUUGUAGAGAGUUAUUAAGAUAUGCAUACAGCAAAGAUUUAAAAGUCAGGUUAUGAAUGGAGAAGAGUGAAUUGUCCCAUUUAACACCGUUUCUGUGUGCUAGCAAAGAAGUCUUUUUGCUAGCUGUUAUUAUAUAACAUGCCCUGCUUAAAUAUUUUAAUGCAAAUGAAUUGUAUAAUCAAAUCUUCUGAAAUAGGAUCAGACAUGGAGUAAAGGAAGUCAAAUGAUGUUUAAUAUCUGGAAAAAUGUAACUUGUGGUGAAUCAGCUUUCACAAGCAAAUGGAUAUUGUAUAUAUUUGAUAUGGUUGUACUUGUUUAAGUGUAGUAUUAAUUGGCUUGGAUUUGUACUUUACUACUACAUUGUUUUUAAACUAAAAAAUUAUUGGAAAAGUCUAUCCACAUGAAGGCUUGGAGAUGAUAUGGGAUAAAUGAACCAACGACAAAACAAUUUAUAAAGUUCAUCUGUAUCCCAA